AUGAUCCCUCAUUCUUCUGCCGGCGUCCAAUCGUGGGCGAAUUCUAUGCGCCCCCUCAAUAGCGGCCCGGGACGUGUGGAGGCCCCUCAGGCUCUGGGUCAGCCGUCUGACCCCCAGCCCGAGAAGUUGCCCAUGUCCGUCCCGCCGUCGCAACCCCGACAGCCGGCAGUGAUCGACCUGACAAGCGCCGGCGGAGAUGCGCGGGACCGAGAACCCCCGGCGAAGCGACUGCGGCUGGAUUUGUCCGCUGCCUCGGCCGCUCGAGAUGGCAGUCCGGCGUCGGGGAGCACCGGAGAAGCAAGAAGUACCCCGGGAACCGCCACCUCGAAGCCGCCUGCGCUGGCCUGGCGCGGUCGACCCGUGUGGUCCUUCCAGGCUUUAAUUUCUGAGACACCCGGGGGUAGUGGUGGGGGUAGUGCUGCCGGUGGCGUAGAGAUCAAAGAGGAGGAUGCGACUGAUGUCGCGCAAGGUGGAAAGGUAUCCCCGCCUCCGUUGCCGGUUCUGCCCUGGAAGUAUGCUCCUCCGCAACAAGCCGGGGCCAAUGCGGCCAAGUCUCGGGAUAGUUCGCCCUCGAAGGCCGUACAGACCACUCCCUAUCAUAUUGAAGUUCCGACUGUGGCGCCAGCCAUCAAAGGCGACAAGGUUGCGGAUUUCUCGCCGUGGUCUGGAAACCACCCGGAAGAUGUUUUAAACGAACAGACCGCAAAACAGGGCCAUUACGACCGCACCCAAGUCUCCCAGAACGAAUCCAACACCGCGCGCCCAUCCUUAUAUGCGCAACUAAAGCACCGCUCCGGUCUCCAGAUGCUCUCAUCGGUUUUCUCGGCCGCUCUGGAAAAGAGGCAGAAUCAUAACAUGGUCAACGCGCCGUCAACGUUCAAACCGCCGCCACGGGUUACUCUGACGGACAAUAAACGAGAAGCCUGGCUUCGCGACCUAGCCAAUCCGUCGGUUCCACUACGUAAACUGAGUCGAACGAUCCCUCAUGGUAUCAGAGGCAAAUCAUUGCUGGACCAGUGUCUGAGCAAAUGGAUUCCCGUCAGCCGCGCCGUCUGGUUAGCCAAGUGUGUCGGAGCCAACGAAAUCCGCGCGUUUAAAAGGAAAGGCACCAGUGGGGCCCUGGCUGUCGGCCUGGAGGCCAAAUGGGUUCGCGACUGGACUGCAACUGUACAGCAAUUCCUGGAAGGCGUGAUCAGUGUCUGCGGAUCUUCCGACUGGAAACUGAAGAUGACUUAUGCAGUCAGUCUCACUGCUCGUUUGUUCUUCGAGCGACUGCUUGAUCAUGACCAGUAUCUCGGAUGGUUUCUCACUUCCCUGGAAACGUCUUCAUCUAAUACCGUCCCCGUUUGGCUCUUGAUGCUUGGCAUUUAUUGGGACAACAUCAUGCGAUACAGGAAGCGUGGACGACGACUUGCUGAGGUGUUGCUUGCGAAGUUGCAGCGUAUAUCCAAACCGGAGCAAGUCGUACCUCUCCGACCGCUGGUCGAUCGCUUGUCUCUGUAUAUUCGCAGGCUUGUGCUUGAACACACAUCCUCCGUCAUACUCCCGAAAUCAUGGGAGAAGUAUAAAGACCUCAUUUCAUCAUGCCUAAACAUGAAAGACAACGUCCAUAAAGCAAUUUUUCAAAACCUUGCAGAGCGGAAUGCGAGGGUGCAGGCCCCUAAAUGCCAACAGGAAACGACACAGCGCUCGCCACAACAACGUGUGAUCCAUCUCUUCGACUCGAUCCGUUCCACUCACGAGAUCUCCUCGACCUCGAGCGAAUGCCUCAAGACUAUCGAAGAUAAAUCGGUCCUGGUUAGCAAACUUCUGGAAUGGACUGCUACCCCCUUUCGCUACGGUCUUUGCCGUGUAUAUACUGGUGUUCGUCUUUUGCGGAAGUGGAAAAUGUCCGGAGUCGACAUCGACUCGUACAUUCUUUCGUUUCUCGCCGGGACCAAAACGAACCCUGCCUUGAACAUGGAGAACAUAUAUCAUAUUAUUUCGGAGCUUGUGCGAUCUCAGACAUUUUCCGUCGGUCGAUAUCUGCAGUGGCUGAUGGCUCGGGGCGUCACGAGCGAUUUCCAUCCCGACACACGACAGGCCAUAUCGAACGAUCUCUAUCUUUUAAAACAGCUGCCGACGGCGCGACUUCCGGAACAUGUGCGUAAUCUUCGGAAUACACUUCUCUACCGUGCUGGCAUCUCGGCCGCGGAGGAGGAGUCUACUAUCGAAGAGAUUAAAGCAUCCGUGGCCCAGCGACUCCCAAAGAUCUUUGGGACCGAGAUGAGCAGCUUGAUGCCUAGUGAACCCCAGUCUGCGGACCUGACGUGGGCUGUAAAGUCCGAAAUCGGUCAGUGGAUGCGGCGCGGGAUCUCGGUGCAUUACCGUGAGUCGCAAAGAAAAUUUAGUGGCCAUUCCUUCCUCUCUGGGUCCAGUGUUUCUGCCCUCACCCCUGUGGAAUUCUACAACGUCCGGGACAUCUUGGAGAGCUUUGGGGAUCUAUCUAUACUUGCCGAUGUUCUCAAGCAAGCUACAAACUGCGAUGACAAUAUUGUUCUGGCAUCUGUUGCUGACACCAUCAAUUAUCACUUUGACUCUUUGUGUGUUAUUGGUGCCACGACGGAUCUCUUCCGCGGACUUGUUGAAUCGUAUGCUCGUAUUAAGAGACUAGGCACCCCAAGUCUGGACUUGGUAUUUUCACUCAUCGAGCUAGGCCUCCGGCUGCCCAACGAGUUCAACACCGUUGCCCUUCUCCGUCAAGAUCUAUCACGCAUUGAAAACAGGUCGGCUUUGGCGGCCCCGUCUCCACUGUCGGAUAGCAUCCCGCCCAGCUUCAGUGAAAUCGAUAGGACUUACCAAGGGAAGCUAGAUCAGAUCCUGUCCUCGGGGAGUGGGAUGGAUGAAUCCACAAUGGACACAGUCUUCAACUCCCUCACCAAGACCUUGACAUGUAGCGGUGGGGAGGGAAAGCUGUCUGCCAACGAGACUUGUAGGUACUUGGCCUACUUGCGGCCUUUCCACCCCAAGCAUUUCGAUUCCAUGUUGGUUCGUUGGAUAUGCGGCCUUUUCAAGUCCUCCGCGCAGGGCAUCAUGUCUCGCAUCUUACCUCCCCUUAUUGGGGUCGGGUGUGUCACCAUCCACGCGUUCUUGCUCCUAGUCAAAAGACUUAUGCAGUCUGACAGAGUGACUGCGGUGGUUCCUAACUUGUCUGAUCUGCGCAUGGACCUUCUCGACCUCCUCGUUCCUCCCCAGCCCGAACAGGGACGGUGCUUCGAUCUGGUUACCUAUCGCUUUUAUCUUGCGCAGCAGGAGUUCCUGCUGAAGCACCCGGAGGAAACUCUCGAAGUUAUUCGUGACGCCAUUAUCUUGAUUGAGCAACGGGAGCAAGAGACUGGGCCUCAUUCUAAACGUGACAACCUCGAAAAAUGCGCCAUCAGUUUACUCCAGGUCAUGCUUACUCAGGACCCUCCGGUCGUCGUGCAAUACUGUUUGCAAAAGUUCCUUGGGCAGCAGAAUUUGUCUACUGCGGUGCUGCAAAAGGCCACCGAUCAUCUCCUAGGAUCUGAUUCCUCACGUGGUCCGCAAGAUAUUCCUGAGGCUGAACGGAUUAUCCUCAUGACUGAUGAUUUUUCGCUCCCGUUCUGCCAGCUGAAACUCCAGAUGUUGUUCAACGUUGAAUCUGGAGAAGCCAGCAAGAAUGGCAUUGUUGAUGUGAUGUUCAAUGCUGCAGUGAAAGAAUCACGUUCCAAAGGCACUAACUGGGUUGGACUUGUGGGUCUGAUGAGUCAGGAUGCAGUUCGUCAGAUUCGCGAACGAGCCGAGAAAGAAUUUCUUUCCGUUCCCAUGUUCGAGGACCCCCCGGAACAGGAUACUUCAAAGGACAAGUCUAGUUCUCUGGAGACUGCAAAGCUGUAUCUCGCGAUUGUUGAGAAGCUGGCGUACAGCAUCCCUGAAACUGGAGUCCCAUCCGUGGUGCCUGUGAUCGUCGACAAGAUGGACGCGCUUCUCCACAGGCUUGUCACCAUGCAAACCAACUUCAACAGUUUGACCGUCAAUAGCCGUGGCGCCUCCGCGGCACAUUUGGUUCAAGCUCGCCUGACUUUCGAGCGAGCGCUGGCGUUCUGGUUUUCCGCCCUGCUCAGGAUGGUGGUUAUGCACCGAGCCGCAUUCAGUAGCGGAUCUUCCCUUGCACCGAAGCCCCAUGGCGUUCAAGAGCAGACUCGGUUACUGAUCUCCAUUUUCUGCGUCUCUCUCGCGCGCCUCCCGGACAAUGUUCUGCGUCUUUUCCCAGCUGCGGACUACUUCCCUCACCGCGUGCCGUCCGAAGGAUAUCGACCCUGUCCUGGGAUCCUGCUCCAAACCCACGCAUUGGAUGUUGCCGCCUCUCUCAUCGACGUCUUUCCUGACGAGUCCCGGCAGCACUGUGCCCGGUUUCUCAAAGAGAAAUGCCCCCCGUUCAUCCAAUACCAGAACGACCUGCGCUUCCUCUACCUCCUCGGUCCCAUGAACGAUGCUCCUCCCUUGAAUAUCACACAACCAGCCUCCCUUCCCUCCCCUGCCGGCGGCGGAUCGACGCCCACACCAACCCCGUCCGGAUCUCUAGGCGGCGGACCGUCCGCUCAGCAACCGCCGACCCCGGCUCCUACAGGGAUGCCUAGCGGCGUCCCGGAGGGAGUCAACUGCGUUGCCAGCCAGCUCCGCUUACAAUACCGGGGCCGAACCAUGGGGCCCUACCCAGUUCGACCUUGGGAAUUGCUCGAGGAUGCCGCCCCGAUCGUGGGUGUCAAUGACACCGCGGUGAACUUGAAAUACUUUGAUGCUCGACGCGUGCGAGCAUAA